ACACACACAACCAAACCUCACACACCGCUCACAUUUUAAUAUAAGCAUUGUUUCCUGCAACAUUCUCAGCUAUCAGGUGGAGAGCUUCUCAAACUGCUGGUGAGUGCGAUUACAUACAGUGCGUAAUUACUACUUGCAGUUCACUGCCACCUUAAUGGGUGAACUGGAAAGGCAGAAACAAAGUUCGGUUCGAAUGCUUGGUUAAAGAUUAGCCAACAUUCAACUUGUGGAGAUCUACCACGGCAAACAGUUUCGGGAGAAAGCUGCAGCCUUUGCCCUGUGGCACACCUACCUACAUCAUUGACACUCCCGCCUACAGAGAGACAAAAACAACACCAAGAAAGAAGCCAGCCGUUUAUUGUUUAAGCUGAAUUCCUCAGAUCAUUUGGACGACUUACACUGCAGCUUCAGGGAAAAGAUUUGCUGAAUCUAGACCUCUCUCCUGCGUCCAGUUUUGAGAUACAUGUAAGAUUUCAACCCAAAGUUAAUCUAAUGGAGACAACAACGUUCUCCAGUAAUCAGACUACAUUAGUGCCUCCCGCAGAUGGCAGCAAGACAUGGCACUAUCUUGUCGGUGUUCUGGUAGCUGCUAUCAUCCUCUCCGCAUUGACCGUCAUUUGUGCGAAAUUCAAACUCUUCCACAAGUACUUUACCAGCUACAGCCACCACCUGCUGCCAGAGCCAGACUUGGGCUACCAAGACAAUGACACCAUUAGUGUGAGCAUGGCACAUGAUGGCCAUAUGAAGGAGAUUAGAAACCAUGCAAUGUAUCCACCCGAGGGCUUGGACGAUGAUGACGGAUACAUUGAAGAUAAUUACAUUCAGGUGGAAACGAAGCCCGAGGAGGAGGAGAUGCACGUUGCCAUUUAACAACAAACAGAAUCCAUCAUCUCGAAUUUUCUAAAACAUUCCAUUAUUCACAUUAUGUACCAAACUGAGCUCUUGCCCACUGUGUUGUGUGUGCUGGUCAAGGUUUAUUGCUCAGUUGUUGGAUUUGCUGAGGUCUCUUUCCAUUUUGCAUGGUAGAGGUGCAGCUGUCAUAGAAGGGAAAUAAAUACAGGAAUUGCUGGUAUCGACACUAGAUUCAUUAUCAUCUGUGAGGCAGAAAGAGAGGUCAUAGUUAAUAUUUGUGUUGUUCUUUCCUUCCCACCUGACACUCACUUCGUGCAACAAUAAGCACUUCUCCAGAUUAGGAGGAAGUCCACGAGAUCUUCCUCCAGUCCCCAUGUUUCAUAUUUGCUGUUGUGGUGAGCUCUCCUGUUCUACAGAGAAGGCUAAAUGAAGAUUGGAUUAAUGUUCAUUGAAGCUAAGUCCAAACGUGCCUCAAACUCUAUGCAGUCUGAACGCUUCCUCUAAGUUUCAUGCCAAUGUUCUUUCAUUGCUCAAUACAUUCUACUGUUUCAAUAAAGUUCCAAAGGAGGUUGAAUAUCAUCUUCUCCUGCUCUCUGCUCUGAAAACUGAAA